AUGGUGAUUAAGAUAUCUUACAAUGUUUCUGCAGGUAAUAUUAUAUCAUUUCUUGUGUUCCUAGCCCCAUUGCCAACAUUCUACAAGAUUUACAGAAAGAAAUCUUCAGAAGGAUAUCAAGCAAUACCAUACAUGGUUGCUCUCUUUAGUGCUGCAUUGUUGUUGUACUAUGCUUUUCUGAAGACAAAUGCAUACAUGAUCAUAAGCAUUAACGGCUUUGGAUGUUUUAUCGAACUCAUUUACCUGGCAGUGUACCUCUUUUAUGCACCGAAAACUUCCAAGAUAUCCACCAUAAAGUAUAUAUCUAUAUUCAAUGUUGGAGGACUUGGUACUGUGAUGAUACUUUCGAUGCUCUUUGUAAAAGGCCAGGAAAGAGUUGAACUUGUAGGAUGGACUUGUGCUGUGAUUAAUCUUGCAGUGUUCGCCGCUCCUUUAAGCAUCAUGAGGACAGUGAUCAGAACAAAAAGUGUCGAGUACAUGCCGUUCAUGCUCUCAUUUUUCCUCACUCUAUGUGCCACGGCAUGGUUCUUUUACGGAUUCUUUGUAAACGACUACUUCAUUGCAGUGCCAAACAUUGCUGGAUUCUUAUUUGGAAUAGCUCAAAUGAUACUAUAUUGUGUAUACAAGGAUUGCAAUAAGCAAAACGGUAAGGAUCAGACACAAAAACCAAAUAAGAAGAGCACAGAUCAAGACCAUUUCGAGCUGGAAGUUGUUGUUGGCGACACGCUUCAUCACCAGUCAAGAAGUAACUAGUUUGGUUAUGUCUUGUUUAGAAUAUACAAGAGAAGAUGCAUAUAUCGAUCUAGAGAGGCAUUGAGUUUUUCUAGUUAAUAUUUUCCUAUAUAUUUUGGUUGAUAAUAAAAGUCACUAAGCUGCCCUAAAGUAUUUAAAGGGAUCAUUAUAGGUGUAUUAUUUGGGGUUUAAAGUUUUAGUCCAUGAGAUUAAUAAUGGUGUUUCAUGAAUCAC